AAACGUGCAAACCGGUAGGCGAGGGAUCUGUUGCAAGGUGCAACAACAGGUGUUCGAUAUGUUACCAUAUGGUUAGGUACUUGUUACUAAAACUGGUAAUAAAUGCACUGCAAGUUAAUUGUUGAAUGGAAUGUGGUAAAAUCGAAUGUCACGGCAAGGAUUUCCGAAAGUAUUUGCUAGAGAUUAUAAAAUCUUGCCAACAUGUGCCCCUCUGAUAUGGAGUCAGCUGCAGGACCAUCAAAUGAAAGUCCAACAGAACGGACAGCAAUACGCUCUUUUAUACAAGAGCAACAUGACCAGCGGACUGAGGCCACGUGGCGCUGGACAUAUGGACUGCCUCGUAGGUACUUUGUUGCACUGAUGGCUUUCCUUGGUUUCUGCAAUGUUUAUGCUCUAAGAGUCAACAUGAGUGUAGCCAUAGUGGCCAUGUCUUCCAACAGAACAUCUGUGGAUCAGAAUGGAACAAUAACAUAUGGCCAAGAGUUCCCCUGGGACAGUGAAAUGCAAGGUCUUGUACUUGGAUCUUUCUUCUAUGGGUAUAUAGUGACCCAGCUACCAGGAGGAUGGCUAGCAACACGCAUCGGUGGUAAAAGACUUUUUGGGCUUGGACUUGCUGCUACUUCAUUCAUCACUCUCUUAACUCCUGCACUUGCACGUGGAAGUGUGUACCUACUUGUUCUUGGGAGAGUUAUUGAAGGUUUGUUUGAGGGUGUGACUUAUCCAUCAAUACAUGCAGUAUGGGCACGUUGGGCUCCCCCACUGGAACGUAGUCGCCUGGCAACUAUAGCCUUCUCUGGAAGCUAUUUUGGGACUGUCAUUGCAAUGCCAGCAGCUGGAGUCCUUGCCGAUCAUGUGGGAUGGCCAUCGAUCUUCUACGUUUUUGGUUUGGUGGGUCUAUGUUGGUGCAUUGCAUGGGGUGCCUUUGUAACUGAGACACCACAGCAGGACAGAAGGAUUACUGAUGAAGAACUUGAUUACAUUCGGUCUUCUGUUGGCCCUCAGGCCAACCACAUAAAGGUGGACAUGGUGGUACCAUGGAAGCGUUUCCUGACAUCAUUACCAGUAUGGGCAAUAAUGAUUGCCCAUUUCAGUGAAAACUGGGGUUUCUACACACUACUUACAGAACUUCCAACCUUCAUGAAAGAGCAGCUGGGUUUUGAUCUACAGUCUGCUGGUCUCCUGGGAUCACUACCAUACUUGGUCAUGGGCACUGUCGUGCAAGGUGGGGGCUGCCUCGCCGAUUGGCUGCGAGCAGGUGGUCAGCUGACAACCACACAAGUACGCAAGCUGCUCAACUGCGGUGCGUUCUCGUGCCAAACGCUUUUCCUGGUGGCUGCUGCACAUGCCACAACUCCUGCUACUGUUGUUGCCUGCCUCACUGGUGCUGUAGGAUUUGGAGGAUUUGCUUGGGCUGGAUUUAGUGUGAAUCACCUUGACUUGGCACCACAGUUUGCAAGCAUUUUGAUGGGAAUGAGCAAUACUGUUGCCACUUUGCCUGGGAUGAUCAGCCCACUCCUCACGGGAACCCUGGUUCAGCACAAGACACAACAAGAAUGGCAGUCAGUAUUCCACAUAGCAGCUGCUGUGUAUCUCCUUGGUGCUCUUUUUUAUGGCUUGUUUGCCUCUGGAGAACGGCAACGGUGGGCAGAAGAGCAGGAAACAAUUGCACUGUGUCCUGAUGGAGAUGAGCGUUCCCAUGCAUCGACAGAGGACUUGCCAUUUGGCACAGGGUCCUGCCAAUAAUGGAUAACAUUUGUGGGAUGAAUACAAGCUCCUGCAGUUGCACACACAGUAAUCUCACAUGGAUUAACCACACUUUCAGUUUUUCACAUCUGAAGCAAAUGAAACAUGGUGUUGUUUCAUAGUUAGUAUUGCGUUAUAUUUUAUUCAUGGCGUCAGCAAGCAGCCCACUGUCUGGUAUCGUGAAGAAAUACAGCUAUUAAAAGCCUAAAUACUGAUCAGUUCAAAAUAAAUAAGCUGCUUGCACAUAAUAUAGCUUCCUGCAAAGAAACAAUUGAAGGAUGGUGUAGUUGAUCAUGACUUGCAAGUGAUCAAUGUUUUAAGAACUAAUGAUUUUUGUCAGAAAUGUUUCCUUCCAACAAUCUUCCAGUCACAUAAUAUCCUCCUUAAUAACAUUUAAAUUAUAAGAACAAGCUGAACCAUGAGCAGUGACAUAAUGGGUCCAGAUAAUCAUGUAUUUUUAACAUACAUUAAUCUCACACUGGAAGUCUUUCUUCAAAAUCUUUUAGAUUUAAUCCACCAGAAAUACUUGUAGAAUCUCAUUUUCUUGAAACAAUAUGUCACAUCUAUCGUGGCUAAAAAUGAAGCAAAAGGACAAUGGAGUUGGUAUGAUCAUUCAGACAUUGUCAGUUGCUAACAUAUUGUUACAAUAAAAAUGGUCAUAGGAAAAAUAAUCACCAGUUGCCUUGUAGAUGUAAUCUGAGGUAGGAAUAUUAUAAAGGACAUAACUCAUUUCCUUUUCUCUUUUGGCCCAGUCUGAGCUUGCUUUCCAUCUCCAGUGACCUCAUGCUCUGGAGGACUGCAGUUCAAAUCCCUGUUGAAACAUCCACGUGCGUAGGAAUAUUAUAAAGGACAUAACUCAUUUCCUUUUCUCUUUUUGUCCAGUCUGAGCUUGCUUUCCAUCUCCAGUGACCUCAUGCUCUGGAGGACUGCAGUUCAAAUCCCUGUUGAAACAUCCACGUGCAGGUUCUCUGUGGUUUUUCUUAAUUACGUAAGGCAAAUGUUUGGAUGUUUCUUUUGAAAAUGACAAAGCUAGUUUUUCUCCAAUCCAUCUGCAGCUCAUGGUCUAGUGGCUAGUGUUGCUGCCUCUGGAUCACGGGGUCCCGGGUUCGAUUCCCAGUCAGCUUGGGGGUUUUCUCUGCCCAGGGACUGGUUGUUUGUGUUAUCCUCAUCAUUUCAUCAACAUCAUUCAUGUCAAUAGCUAGAUUGUACUGUGUACAAAUUGGACUGAGUAAAAAUUGGGACUUUGUAUGGGCACUGAUGGCCGUGCAGUUGAGCGCUCUACAAACCAAACAUCAUCAUCAUUUCUCCAAUCCAAGCUUGUGAUUCUCCUUUAAUGACCUCAACAUUGAUGGGACAUGAAAAACUCAAAUAUUCCUUCCUUCAUUCAUUCAUGAUCUGAAGAGAAAGUAUGGUUGUGUUAAAUACCUUUGACAUAACAGAAACAGACAUUACACGAGUAAUUAUGGUGUGGUCCAUAGGGCCAAAAAGGGACAAUAAAUGGCUGAUUAUGGUGUGAUCCAUUUGAAUGACGAUGAAAAGAAAGGAGAUGUAAAGCAAUCAAUGGUAAUGUGAAUUGAAGCAUGCGAAGUAAUGAGAACAAACAUUGUUAGAGGAAUAGAACAGUACACAUGGAAAAAUUACAUUGGUAACAAAGUGGCAGCUGACACAUCUAUUUGUUACAUUUUAUUCUGUAAAAGAAACAGUAUGUAGGAAAUAUUUUAAGUCCUUGCAGGCAGAGCUGAGUCUUAUAAUUACUGCUUCAUCUCCCUCAGAUUUCCCCAGUGACUGGGAUCUCACUCACAAAACCAUCUUAGCAUUCAGGGAAAACUUCGAAAAGUAAAUGAGCUAUGGCAGUCAUAUAUAUAACAACAGAUGUUCUUACAAGUGCAUUUUAUGUUCCACUGUUGCAGUUCCUCACUUAAUGCUGGCAUUGUGUUGAAGAGCAAGUAUUAAGCUUUCUUUUUAUUUUAAAUCUACUUUCCCUGUUUCAUUUGGCUGGAAAUCACUAAGCAUAUUAAAUUAACAUUUCCAAGCGACAUUACAUUUUAAAAAGGUAUUUUGUAACUCAGCUUCUGUUAUUUUCUGUUUGUUAUUAAAGAUAAAUGGCUAGAAGAAUGAAGUCCAGAUUACAGUCUUGGUUUUGGCAUAAUGUGUUUUAUGCUAUACUACAAGCUCACAGGACCCAAUAAAAUGUAAAAUGCAGACAUCCAACCAAUCCCAAAUUAAUUAUGUACUAACUGCCAGUAUGAAAUAGAGGCACAUCACCUCCAGAACAUCGAAGCACUGGAUCAUGUUUAUCAUUUAAGUAAAGCUUGUGAAUGCUGUAUUAUUAUUCCUUCCCUUGCAUUUGUGAACUACAUGUUACAGUAAGAGACAGCUGUUUUCAGUAAGACUGAUUUUUUUUAGGUUGUUUAUUUAGUGGCCAAUUAAAUAUGAAGACUGGAGUGUAUGCAAAAA